UUGUGUAUGUGUGCUGCUCGUGGGACACUUUUCGGCAGCUGAUGGUGCACGUGCACAGGGCUGGCUUGCCCCUGGGGGAGUUCGCCUUCUUCUACAUCGACGUCUUUGGGUCCAGCCUCCAGCCCCAGCCCCCCCGCCCCUGGUACAGGGGCGACGCCGAUGACGUCAUCGCAAAGGAGGCCUAUCAGGCAGUGCUGAUCAUCACAUACUGUGAGCCCCAGAACCCAGAGUACGGGGUGUUUGUGGAAGACCUGAAGAGAGGGGCUCUCCAAAACUACAACUUCACCAUCCAGGACUCACUGGUCAACCUGAUUGCUGGUGGUUUCCAUGACGGCGUGAUGCUGUACGCUCUCGCGGUGAACGAGACUCUAACGGAGAGCGGGGAGGUGAACCCUGACGGGGAGGUGGUGACCAAACAGAUGUGGAACCGGGCCUACAACGGAGUCACCGGUCUGAUGAAGAUUGAUGAGAACGGCGAGCGGGAGAUUGAUUACUCGCUCUGGGACAUGACUGAUACCGAGACCGGAACCUUCCAGAUCGUGUCGAACUAUAACGGCACUCACAAACGCAUCAUCCCAGUCCCGGGGGUUGAGAUCCACUGGCCAGGAAACAGCGUUCCCAGAGACGUGCCGGUCUGCGGGUUCGAGAACGAGGACCCCGCCUGUCGCCAAGAGACCCUCCUCACACUGGAGAUCAUGUGCAUCGUGGUCAGCCUCAUCCUGUUCAGCAUCACCAUCAUCACCUUCUUCAUAUACAGGAAGAUGAAGCUGGAGAAGGAGCUGGCUGCAGAGCUGUGGAGACUCCACUGGGAGGACAUUCAGAUCAGCAACUUGGAAAAGACUCUGCGCAGUGCUGGGAGCAAGCUGACACUGUCACUGAGAGGCUCCAACUAUGGCUCCUUAAUCACCACAGAUGGAAACUUCCAGAUUUACGCCAAGACAGGACACUACAAGGGCAACAUCGUGGCCAUUAAGUACAUCAACAGGAAGAGGAUUGAACUGACCAGGAACGUUCUGUUCGAGCUCAAACACAUGCGGGACGUCCAGAACGAGCACCUGACCCGUUUCAUCGGCGCCUGCAUCGACCCUCCCAAUAUCUGCAUCAUCACAGAGUACUGUCCCCGGGGCAGUCUGCAGGAUAUCAUGGAGAACGAGAGCAUUAACCUCGACUGGAUGUUCAGGUACUCCCUCAUCAACGACAUCGUGAAGGGCAUGGCGUUCCUGCACAACAGCGUGAUCGUGUCGCACGGGAAUCUGAAAUCCUCUAACUGCGUGGUGGACAGCCGCUUCGUUCUGAAGAUCACGGACUACGGGCUCGCCAGCUUCCGCGUGGCCGCUGCCGACUGCGAAGACUCGUACGCCUUCUACGCCAAGAAGCUGUGGACAGCCCCUGAGCUCCUGCGCAUGGAGGCCCCCCCGCCCCAGGGAACUCAGAAGGGGGAUGUGUACAGCUUUGGAAUCAUCCUGCAGGAGAUCGCACUGAGGAAUGGACCCUUCUACCUGGAGGGUCUCCUGCCAAGCCCUAAAGAGAUCAUUGACAGGGUGGUCCGGGGGGAGCACCCCUUUUUCCGGCCCCUGGUGAACGCGCACUGCCACACCGAGGAGCUAGGGCAACUCAUGCAGCGCUGCUGGGCAGAGGACACGCUCGAGAGACCCGAGUUCAACCAGGUCAAGAUCAUACUGCGCAAGUUCAACAGGGAGCUGAGCACCAACAUCCUGGACAACCUGCUGUCCCGCAUGGAGCAGUACGCCAACAACCUGGAGGAGCUCGUGGAGGAACGAACUCAGGCAUACCUGGAGGAGAAACGCAGAGCAGAGGCCCUGCUCUACCAGAUACUGCCGCACUCUGUGGCAGAGCAGCUGAAGAAAGGGGAGACAGUCCAGGCUGAGGCCUUCGACUCCGUCACCAUCUACUUCAGCGACAUCAUCGGGUUCACCGCCCUGUCUGCGGAGAGCACCCCAAUGCAGGUCGUGACCCUGCUCAAUGAUCUGUACACCUGCUUCGAUGCCAUCAUAGACAACUUCGACGUCUACAAGGUGGAGACGAUAGGGGAUGCCUACAUGGUGGUCUCUGGGCUGCCUGUGCGCAAUGGGAAGCUGCACGGCCGGGAGAUCGCUCGCAUGUCUCUUGCUCUGCUGGAUGCCGUCCGAACCUUCAAGAUCCGACACAGACCCGACCAGCAGCUCAAACUGAGGAUCGGCAUUCACAGCGGUCCGGUGUGUGCCGGGGUGGUGGGCUUGAAGAUGCCCAGGUAUUGUCUGUUCGGAGACACCGUCAACACUGCGUCCCGCAUGGAGUCCAACGGGGAAGCUCUGAAGAUCCACAUGUCCGCUGCUACCCACGCUGUGCUGGAGGAGUUCAGCACCUUCGAGCUGGAGCUGCGUGGAGAUGUGGAGAUGAAGGGGAAGGGCAAGAUGAGGACCUACUGGCUGCUGGGAGAGAGGAGCGACAGCACGAGAGGGUAGAGGAGCGAGAGGGGGAGGAGGAGGGGGGGGGGGACGAGAGGCCUUCCAACUGCAGACGGAACGAGAGAGGGGGGACCCCAGACAGAGCCUCCGCCACUGUACCUCCAAAUUACACCACAGACUGAACUUCUGAGCUCACUCCAAGUGUGCAGUAUCAAUCUCAGUGGCCGAACCUCUGAGAAGGAACAUGUUCUGUCCCAGUGCGUUUGCUAUAAUGCAGUCUCAAAUAUUACCUCUUGCCACACGAGUCUGUCAUUAACACCAUGUAUUUCACAUCAUGCGAUCAUUCUGUUGUAAGUACGGGUAUUAGAUAAGGCAACAAACAUGACAGUCCAGUGUGGUUAAUGCACCUGUAUCCAAAACCAUUCUCAGUCAUCAAGGCUCUUAGUGCAGUGGGAGGAUGCAUUAGAAAGCUGGUGGCUAGGAAUGUGUGGCAAACUGGGCUGUCAGAUUUUCACACCCAGCAAAAUGUGCUGAAGACUUCAUGUGAAAUUAAAACCUCUGUAUUAAGCGGGUGCCUUCAUCAAGCAACCAAACAGUUGUUUCUAUUCAAUGCAACUGAAUGGGAGUCCCCAGCGCCCUGUCCAUUGAAAGCAAAAACCUGUAUCAAUGGACACCUGCACUAGCCUGCUUUAACAACCAGCAUGUAAAAACGUCACAAGAGUAACAUUGUUUUCAAUGCAAGUGAAUGGGAGAGGCAGCCUUGAUUAAGCAGCCAGGCUGUUUUGUGUGGCUGCAGGUUGCUUCGUGUUGCUCUGUGUUAGAGAAGCAGCAACGUGUUUCGUAUCGAUGGCGCUGCACAGCAGAGGACUUCAAACACAUGGCUCUCCAAGAUCAAUGGGAGGACUGGGACAGGAGAGUCACACAGGAGAGCAGGCAGAGAGCCUGACCGCCACACAGCGCACAACACCAGCAGAACUGAACGCCCUGCUGGAGACAAGGGAGAGGCAACACACUCCUGCUUUCUUUCUCCUUUUCACUGUUUUUUGAGGUCGUUCUUUUUCUCUCGUGUUUUUCUUUCUUUCUUUCAAUCGUUCUGUUAUUCUCGCUUUCUUUCUUUCUUUCUUACUUUCUCCCAGUUCCUCUUUCUUUCAGUCGUUCUCUCUCCCUUUUCCUUAAAUCUUCCCUUUCCUCUUUCAAUCUAUUUCUGAUGAUCCACAUUUUUUAAAAAUGUGCCUCAAUAGGAAAUGCUAAUGAUAGCAUAAGAGAAAACACUCUUUUCUCCUCCCCUCUCCCUCUCUCUCUCUCCCUCUGUCAAUCUGAGAACCACCUUUCCACACUAAUGCACAUCGUCAUUAACCCCUUCACCGCUGUGGACUGAAUCCUUUGUAUCACAGUGUAUUCUGGAUUUGGACUAUUGCAAUGUGUAAAAAAUGAGUGGCAGUUAAGGGGUUAAGAAAGUACCGGUCCGCUUUAGACUCGCUAGCGCUCUGAAUGACCUCCGAGCCUCUACAGAAAGCUGUGUGGACAAACGAGAGCUCUUCUAGUCUCUUUAGUGACGUUUUCAAGAGGUGAAACAGCAAAUCCGUGACUGAGCCUUCAGUGCAGCAGACUGCAGUUAUCCUUCUCAUAACUGAUUCUGUGUGUUUUUGUUUCUGUGUGUGUUUUAUAAUGGAGCAGAACCACCCUUUGGGUAAAACAAGAGGGUUUGUUUGAAACUCCUGUACAGCUUGUAGUCAUUUAAUGAAACACUGUAUUUAAUGACAACAUCAGUAGUGAGAUCAUGUUUAUAUAUCUAUAUCUAUUUUCAGUGUUUUUAAUUGAUCUUUAACUAGUACCCCUGCUA